AUGCGUCAUGGAAUCGUCUUCGGCAAUUAUCGGGAUAGGAUUCCCGACUGGAAGCGCUACUUCUUCUUUGUGAAGAUUAGCAAGGCGUCGGUUGGGAAUUUCAAAUCCGAGCAGAUCAAAACCGAUUGGGUUUCUUCGCCGGAUCCACUAAGACGAGCCAGGCCGAGCACCGCCCUUAAAAAUAAAUUCAAUGCUUUGAGGGACCUUAGUCAUCGGAUCUGGCCCGAGGUCGUGGAGAAGCUUGAGAGAGAGAAGAGAGAGAGGAAGGAGAGGAAAGAAGGGAGAAGCAAGCCUGCUGUCCCCGCUACUCCAAUAUCCAGGCUUCGGCGAGGAGGACAUCAUCUUCGGCUCCGGAAAAGGUUCCAGAAGGGGUGGUCGAGCUCGAGUCCCUCCUUCGACCGUGAUGAUGAUGCAUCCCGUCGAGAGAGUGCUCCGUCACGACGUGAUGACGACGUGAUGACUCCGCGGCGGUACCUCGCCGGUUUUGGGAGGAGGAGUUCCUUACUUCUCGCGAUGACGGUCCUUCGUUUAUCCGAGGGUGGUCUCGGGGAGAUGAAUCGCUGA